AUGGGAGCCAGUUGUAAAGAUCAAAAAAAAGCUGUCGCAGUAUGCUUACAGAGAUCGCCUUGCGUCAUGAUUCAAAGAAAUAGUCCUCAAAAAUGUCUUGAUGAUCCGGAACUGAAGAAAGAACUCCCUGAACUAUGCCUAGCUCAGAUGAAGGCGUUUUUAGAAUGUAAACGAGGCAUGGUCGAUAUGACAAAAAGAUUUAGAGGAAACGGGGCACUUUCAACAGGGAAGUAUGAUCAACAGUUUGAAAACCUGUCAAGUGGGAAUUUUGACCCCAGGGAAGAACUGCGAAAACUGGAUGUUUUGAGCGGUAAAGACAAUAGAGGCUAG